CCAUCACAACACGACAUACAAUGCAAACAUCUUCAUAUAAAUAGCAACGAAGCAUAUUUUCUUUCAAGUAUUGUUUGUUCAAAAUGAAUAGGCAAGCAUUUGAGUGGAUGUGUUUUUUAACGCUCUUAACAUGUUUUUUGCUGCUCAAUGUUGUUAACGCGAUGACAAGACAACAGCUGAAAAAUUCAGGAAAAUUGAUGAAGAAGUCCUGUAUACCGAAAAAUGAUGUAACUGAAGAGAUGGUCGGUUCAAUAGAACAGGGAAAAUUUAUAGAAGAAAGAAAUGUUAUGUGUUACAUCGCGUGUGUCUACACUAUGACUCAAGUAGUAAAAAAUAAUAAAUUAAGCCACGAAGCAGUACUCAAGCAGGUGGACAUGAUGUUCCCGGCCGACAUGCGGGUCGCUGUCAAGGCCAUGGCUGAGAAAUGCAAGGAUGUGUCAAAGAAAUACAAAGACAUAUGCGAAGCUUCAUAUUGGACUGCAAAAUGCAUGUACGACGCUGAUCCGGCGAACUUUGUAUUUCAAAGAUUAGUCAUGGAACGGCAAACCUGGGUGUUUGUUAUGGUGCUUGCUUUUUUAGCUAAUGGAUGUGAUGCUCUAACCAAAGCGCAAAUGAAAAAAUCUGCAGCAGCGUUCAAAAAGAAGUGUAUGGCCAAAGAAAAUGUCUCAGAAGAUAUGAUCGGAGACAUAGAAAAAGGAAAAUUUAUCGAGGACAAAGGAGUCAUGUGCUAUAUUGCGUGCAUUUACCAAAUGGCUAAUGUCGUUAAAAAUAACAAACUAAGCUAUGAAGCAUCCAUAAAACAGAUCGAUAUAAUGUAUCCCGCAGAGUUAAAGGAACCUGCCAAAAAGUCUGUGGAAGCGUGUAAGGAUGUAUCGAAGAAAUAUAAGGAUUUGUGCGAGGCCUCCUACUGGACUGCGAAGUGUAUUUACGAGGAUGAUCCUAAAAACUUUAUAUUCGCGUAGAACGGCUGUCAAUAAAAACUUGAAUAUAA